GGUACAAAUUAUUUGUGCCUUGACAAAUUCUCAUCUCCUCGCAGGAUUUUAACCGUUCUCCAGUACUCCCUAUAAGGCAUGGUGAAGCCAACCAGAUUUAGAGAGUCCUUGCUGAUAUUGACAAAGACUCUCGGGCAGUGCUUGCAAAGACGAAGGGAUCUCCAAAAGCACUUCAGCUGUUGGUGAUUAUCUGACCAGACCUUCCUGGAUCUUAUGGGAAGAUUAAAAGAAUAUGCGAUACUGAACUGGGAAUUGUCUCCCAGUGUUGGCGACCUGAACAAGCUAAAGCAAUGGGAAAGUCACAGUGGGAAAAUCUGGCAUUGCAAAUUAAUGUCAAGGUGGUAGCUUCCAUGGACUGGCCAGAGGUGACCAAAUAUAGAGCCCGUCUUUCUACGCAGCCUCGAGGAGAAAUUAUUAAAGAUUUGUGCACCCCCACUGGAGGAAUGAUUGGGGAAUUGAUUAGGGACUUCGCAAGUUCUACUGGAAAUGAACCUCGUAGGAUAAUAUUCUACAGGGAUGGGGUCAGCGAAGGUCAAUUCUCUGAAGGUCUUGACCGCGAAAUGACAGCGAUUCGCCAGGUAAUUUGUUGGGGAAUAGAUUAUCAUCCUCCAGUAACCUUGAUUGUGGUGCAAAAGCGGAACCACACACUCCUCUUUCCUAAUAAGAAGAAUAUGUUUGAUUAGGUACUGUCGUUGAUACUACAAUCUGUCAUCCCACAGAAUUUGAUUUCUACCUAAAGAGCCAUACUGGGAUUAAGGUGACACUCAUCUCCUUCAAGUUUGGUGAAACGCGCCUAUAGAUGUGACCCCUGAAUUUUCUCUUUUUGUUAUGUAAAUCAU